AUGGGUUGUAGGGAUCCAAAGAGGGCCGGGAAUGCAGUCGACUAUAUAAAGACUAACAACAAGAAUGCGGUCUUAAGUGUCAUUCAAUUGGAUUUAUCUUCACUCGAAUCGGUCCGAGAUUUCGCUAAAAAGGUGUCACAAAAGGAGACAAACAUUGAUAUCCUUAUAAACAACGCGGGAAUCGCUGGAACUCCUGAAUCUCAGACCAAAGAGGGCUUUGAAAUGCACUUCGGAACCAAUCAUUUGGGUCACUUUUUACUAACUCUAUUACUGUUACCCCUACUGAAGAGCGCCCCCAAAGCCCGAGUAGUAUCGGUGUCAUCGGGUUUAUAUAGCGUCGGCAAAAUACAUUUCGAUAAUAUAAACCUAAGGGACGGCGCCUACACUCCUAUGAAGGCCUACGCUCAGAGCAAAUUAGCAAAUGUGUUGUUCACUAGAGAGUUGGCCAAACGGUUAGGUCAUAACAGUACAAUCAGUGCAUAUAGUUUGCAUCCAGGUGUCAUUAAGACAGAUCUUGUCAAAACUGAUAAACUGUAUGAGAGAUUCGUGGUUAAUAUACUGAGUUCCCUACUGUUCCUCACACCACAUAUGGGCGCUCAGACAUCAUUGUAUUGUGCACUGGAGGACAGCAUAGAAAAUGAGACUGGAUCCUAUUAUGAAAACUGCAAGAAAGUUGAUUUAAAAGCGAUUGCAAUGGACGACAAAACCGCUGAAAAACUUUGGGAAUUAAGCACUGAUUUCGUGAAUCUGGAGGAACACCUAAAUCUACCGCAUGUCAAACAACAGGCCUGGGAACAGGUAGUGGUGAUCACUGGUGCCAACUCUGGUAUCGGCAGAGAAACGUCUCUUCAACUAUCAUUACUGGGCGCUAAGGUAAUAAUGGGUUGUAGGGACCCAAAGAGGGCCGGGAAUGCAGUCGACUAUAUAAAGAUUAACAACAAGAAUGCGGUCUUAAGUGUCAUUCAAUUGGAUUUAUCUUCACUCGAAUCGGUCCGAGAUUUCGCUAAAAAGGUGUCACAAAAGGAGACAAACAUUGAUAUCCUUAUAAACAACGCGGGAAUCGCUGGAACUCCUGAAUCUCAGACGAAAGAGGGCUUUGAAAUGCAGUUCGGAACCAAUCAUUUGGGUCACUUUUUACUAACUCUAUUACUGUUACCCCUACUGAAGAGCGCCCCCAAAGCCCGAGUAGUAUCGGUGUCAUCGGGUUUAUAUAAGGUCGGCAAAAUACAUUUCGAUAAUAUAAACCUAAGGGACGGCGCCUACGCUCCUAUGAAGGCCUACAAUCAGAGCAAAUUGGCAAAUGUGUUGUUCACUAGAGAGUUGGCCAAAAGGUUAGGUCCUAACAGUACAAUCAGUGCAUAUAGUUUGCAUCCAGGUGUCAUUAAGACAGAUCUUGCCAAAACUGAUAAACUGUAUGAGAGAUUCCUGCUUAAUAUACUGAGUUCCCUACUGUUCCUCACACCACAUAUGGGCGCUCAGACAUCAUUGUAUUGUGCACUGGAGGACAGCAUAGAAAAUGAGACUGGAUUUUAUUAUGAAAACUGCGCGAAAGUUGAUUUAAAAGCGAUUGCAAUGGACGACAAAAGCGCUGAAAAACUUUGGGAAUUAAGCACUGAUUUCGUGAAUCUGGAGGAACACCUAAAUCUACCGCAUGUCAAACAACAGGCCUGGGAACAGGUUCACCUAUGA